UUUUAAGCAAGUUGGCAGCAACCGUUCAUUGUGUGCGGUAAAAACCUUAUUAAAAUUCUAGAAUCAACUAUAACAAGAUGAAGCAGUUUAAAGGAUUGCAAAAAUCUUUAUAUAUAUGGACUGACAGCGCUGACCUGGACCAACGUGUGGAAGUGCUUAAGACGGCAACUGGUGGAGAGGUGGCUGUGGAAAAUGUGCAUCGCCUGUCGUUUUCAUCCUACGCCAACUCGAGUUUCGACCUAAUUGUGAUCGAGUGCGCACAGCUGACAGACAAUUACGUAAAACUGUUGCACAUGCUGAAGCCGAGCGGUAAACUUCAUUUGUUUGCAUACAUUGGACCAGCCGCAAGUCUGUUGCAGGAAAUCAAGUUAUCUGGAUUCAUCAACUGCAGUGAGGAUGCCGAUGCCAAAACGCUGACCGCCGAGAAGCCAGGUUAUGAAACGGGCUCUUCGGCAAGGCUGUCGUUUGCCAAGAAAAGCGCCAGUGUGAAUGUAUGGAAAAUAAGCGGCGACGAUGAGGAACUUAUCGAUGAGGAGGAUCUACUUGACGAGGAGGACAAACAGAAGCCAGAUCCGGCUGGCCUAAAAGUGUGCAGCACCACGGGCAAGCGCAAGGCAUGCAAGAACUGUUCCUGUGGACUAGCCGAUGAAUUGGAAAGUGAAAAGUCGACCAAGGCAGCCACUGAAAAUGCCAAGUCGAGCUGUGGCAAUUGUUAUCUGGGCGACGCUUUCAGGUGCUCCACUUGCCCCUAUUUGGGCAUGCCAGCCUUCAAACCUGGCGAGAAGGUGCAACUGGCUGAUAAUUUGCUGAAAUCCGACAUUUAGGUUUAAAAAUUAAAAAUGCAGCUUGUAGAUUUUAGCAGUUUUAAUUAGA